AUGGCAUCACUCUCUGGCACUCCCCUGGUCCACCUGUGCCUGCUGGCCUGGUCUCACCUGGGUCUGUCAGAGGAACCACCCAGAGGACCACCCAAGGGACCAUCCAGGAACCACCCAGGGGACCACCCAGAGGACCACCCAGGGGACCACCCAGAGGACCACCCAGGGGACCAUCCAGGGGACCAUCUAGGGGACCACCCAGGGGACCAUCUAGGGGACCACCCAGGGGACCACACAGGGGACAACCCAGAGGACCACCCAGGGGACCAUCCAGGGGACCACCCAGGGGACCACCCAGGGGACCACCCAGGGGACCACCCAGAGACCACCCAGGGGACCACCCAGAGACCACCCAGGGGACCAUCUAGGGGACAACCCAGGGGACCAUCCAGGGGACCACCCAGAGGACCACCCAGAGACCACCCAGGGGACCACCCAGAGACCACCCAGGGGACCACCCAGGGGACCACCCAGAGACCACCCAGGGGACCACCCAGAGACCACCCAGAGACCACCCAGGGGACCACCCAGAGACCACCCAGGGGACCACCCAGAGACCACCCAGUGGCCCACCCAGGGGACCACCCAGGGGACCACCCAGAGACCACCCAGGGGACCACCCAGGGGACCACCCAGAGACCACCCAGAGACCACCCAGGGGACCACCCAGAGACCACCCAGAGACCACCCAGAGACCACCCAGGGGACCACCCAGAGACCACCCAGAGACCACCCAGAGACCACCCAGGGGACCACCCAGAGACCACCCAGGGGCCCACCCAGGGGACCACCCAGAGACCACCCAGAGACCACCCAGGGGACCACCCAGAGACCACCCAGAGACCACCCAGAGACCACCCAGGGGACCACCCAGAGACCACCCAGAGACCACCCAGGGGACCACCCAGAGACCACCCAGAGACAGCCUAG